GUAAAGUGGUAGGAAAAGUUCAGCUGUUCACAAAAAAAAUCUCUGCCACGGCAUAUUUAUAAUCAAAUUAUAAAUCUGCGUUGUUCAUAUGUUUCAAAUUAUUUGUACAAUAUCUUUUGACAUGACCCUCUUAUUAUAUGACUUUCAGUGCAGCCUCUGAACUGCAUACAGUACCUGAGUUUACAUAUCAUGUGACAUGGUCUUUGUUUUCAUCACGUGAAAACAAAAUGGCCACUUACCUGGUUUGUUUUGUUUUGCUGUUUUCGAUUGUUAAUUCAUUGAAAUACGACCCAACAUGGGAAUCUUUAGAUGCAAGACCACUUCCAGGAUGGUAUGAUGAAGCUAAGUUUGGUGUAUUUGUUAACUGGGGUAUAUAUUCAGUACCAGCUUUUUCGUCUGAGUGGUUUUGGUGGCAAUGGAAAGGGCAAAAGAUGCCGGCUGUUGUAGAUUACAUGCAGAAAAACUACCGUCCAGAUUUUACUUAUGCAGAUUUUGCAGCUAUGUUCACAACAGAGUUUUUUGUUCCAGAGGAAUGGGCUGAAAUGUUUCAGGAUUCUGGUGCAAAAUAUGUUGUAUUGAGCAGCAAACAUCAUGAAGGUUACACUAUGUGGCCAUCUAAGUAUUCCUUUAACUGGAAUUCUAAUGCUACUGGUCCUAACAGAGAUCUUGUUGGUGAGUUAGCAGCAGCAGUGAGAGCUAAAACACAGAUGAAGUUUGGACUAUAUCACUCAAUGUUUGAAUGGUUUAAUCCAGUAUAUUUGAACGAUAAAGAUUCAGGAUUCAAGAAACAAGACUUUGUCAGGACUAAGACUAUGCCUGAAUUAUAUGAGCUAGUGAAUGCAUACCAGCCUGAAGUUAUUUGGUCUGAUGGAGACUGGGAGGCUAAUGAUACCUACUGGAAUUCAACCAACUUCCUGGCUUGGCUAUAUAAUGAAAGCCCAGUUAAAGAUACUAUAGUGGUCAAUGACAGAUGGGGACAUGGAUGUCCCUGUAAACAUGGUGGAUUUUUUUCAUGUACUGAUAGAUAUAAUCCAGGCAAGUUGCAGAAACACAAAUGGGAGAAUGCUAUGACAAUAGACAAAUUUUCCUGGGGAUUCCGCAGAAAUGCUAGGAUUGAAGAUUUCCUAACAAUAGAGCAGCUUCUAUCUCAGCUUAUUUCUACUGUCAGCUGUGGAGGUAAUAUGCUGAUGAGUGUUGGUCCUACAAAAUACGGAACAAUAAGUCCUCUAUAUCAAGAAAGACUCCGUAGGAUGGGACAAUGGCUACGUGUAAAUGGAGAUGGGAUCUAUGGAACUAGACCCUGGGUCCAUCAGAAUGACACUGUAGUUAAAAAUGUGUGGUAUACAAUGAAGAAGGGAGCUACAGAAACUGAUGUUUAUUCUAUACUUCUGGAAUGGCCGGACAAUAACUUGGUAAAACUUGGAGCACCUAUAACAUCUAGUGAUACAACUGUCACCAUGUUGGGAUAUCCUGACAAGUUAAUGUGGACAGCAGGGGCUGGUGGGAAAGGCAUCAAUAUACAGAUACCACCCCUGUCUGUGAAAACUGUUCCAUGUAAAUGGGCGUGGACUUUCAAAAUGACAGGUUUACAGAACUAAACAAUGAUUGUUAGGAAGAUAUUUAUUUUAGAUUUAAACUGUGUUUGGAGACAAAGAUAAGACAUUUCUUAAGCAUUCCAACUAAAAUUUCAAAAGCUCAGCUCGUAAAGAAACAGCAUAUUGGGAAUUGCCUUGGAAGUUAUAAUCAAUUAAUCAAAAAAAUAUAACACAAUGACACAUUUUUCUUGUGUAAUAUUUAUUCAGUUCCUAUAUUGCACUGUAGUCGAAUUAUCCACAUUCAAAUCCAUAAUUACACAUUUAUACACACUGUGUGCUAAAAAAAAGUUUUAUAUGUAAAAAUUGGAUAUUUUAUUGGUGUUUGACAUUCCUUAGAAGCACAUCACAUAAACUAUAGAAGUCAAAUUUAAAGUUUGGUCCAAGGUCUUCUUUCAUGUCCGAAGAUAAAAAAAAGAAUUUUAAUUAAAAUUUAUGAAAAAAAGGAAAAUAGGAAAACUUUACAAGCAAAUUUGGUUUUCUCAAUCACCUGAACAUGAUUAUUAAACUUAAAUGAUGUGGCAUAAAGCAAUUACCAAUCAGUCCAUCAAUCAAACUUGAAACAAUGUUAAUACAUGAUACUCAAAACAAAAGGCAAUGGUAAUUUGCCAUGUUAUAUUAUUGCAAGUGGGUUGUUCACAACUAAACUGUAGCAUGUCAUGUAAAAAUGUUAUAGUACAUAACAUAAGUUAUAUGCUAUUUAAUAGUAAUUUUAGUGUUUGUCUUGCAUGCAUCAAAGGUUGCAGAAUGUGUGACAUAGGAUUAUGAUAAAGUGGUAGCAGAAAUGAACUCAUUUCAUUGAUCAGUGAGCAAGUUCAAGUUGUCUUGUCAAAUUUAUAUCAUAGAUACUUCAACCUUAAGGGCAAAUGUAUUUUGUGUAUGGAAUGUUUGUUAGGUCUACUGUCUUUCAUGGUUCACUUGCUGUUGCCUUUAUUUUUCAUAGUUCUUUUGAGCCAUGUUAAAUUUACAGGGUUAUCUCUGUUUAAAGAAUUAAAUUGAUUGCAUGGUUUAUAUUUUUUUAAACUGUAUUUGGUGCAUAAUUUAAUUGUAAGGUGGCCAUUUCUGUAGAAGGGUUUAUCUGACCUUGACCUCAUUUGCACUGAUUAUCUAUACUAUUAAGUUUAUGUGAUACUUGUAUUGAAAGCUUCAUAUUACAGACUCAACAUUAUAUUCAAUCAUGAUGAUUAUAUGAUAUGAGAACCACAGGUCAGACAUUUCACUUUCAGUGUGUCCACUAUUUUUUAUUGAGAUUACAUAUUAUAUAAUGCGUAUUUCUGGGUCAUAAAACAAUAUACUUGUUAUUGGGUGAUAAAACAAUAUACUUGUUAUUUGGUCAUAAAACAAUAUACUUGUUAUUGGGUGAUAAAACAAUAUACUUGUUAUUUGGUCAUAAAACAAUAUACUUGUUAUUGGGUCAUAAAACUGGACUAUAGUAUGUGCAAAUAGAGAGUAAACAUUGUAUUUUAUUGUGUUUAUACUCAUUAUAUGUAUAGUUUUUUUGUAUACACAUUUGUAGUGAAAGUGCCAUAUUUAAUUUUAUAUUAUGUAAAUUCAUGAUCUGAAGUGCUAGAUAAAAGCAAUGUCAAAAUUCUAAGUGAAGAAUAUCAUGACACUAAAAAUUCAUAUGAGCAUAUAUAUUUUUUUUCAUCUUUGAUAUCAAUGGUACUAUUAGUGCACCAUAAUACAUAUUAGUUGUCGUAUAGACAUAGAAUAAUGAUAUAUAAUAUCAUAUAUAUUCAGAUAAACUAAAACCUUGGGAAAAAAAUAAGUUUGAAUAAAAUAUGUUAGGUGAAAAAAAUAAAGUGUGUAUCUGAAGAAGAAAAAACAUCAUUUUUUAUAAGGAAUCUUAAUAUUCAGCCUGGUUUUCUAUUUUAUUUUCUUUCAUGUUGUAAAAUUUCAAUGUUGUAAAUAUUAGAAUGUAAUUAUAACAAGUCACAAUUUGAAAGGUUACAUAUCUUUAUUCUUAAUAUGCCGUUACAAAUAUGCAAUAUAUAAAGAAAAGAAAUUAAUGACUUUUGCUAUUGAAUAAAAAUUGAAUGAAAUUCUUGACCAUUGGAGAUUGCAUUAUUUCAAGUAAGUGCAAACCAUACAUUAAUGCGGAGAUGGUGAUAGUUUCGAUAUAUAUCCAUUACUAUACAUUCCAUAGACUUAUGUCAUUAUCAAUUUCUUGUUGUUUUUUACUUAUUUACAUUAUUGCAUAAUGCUAAAAUCCUUAUUGAUUUUUUUUUACAAAUUUACAUUUUUGUAUUUUGUUGAAAUCCUAGCUUUUAUUUAAAUAAAUGUUUUAACUCAAA